AUGGCGGCGCCGGGGCUUUUUGACCUUCCCGCGGAAAUUCGGCUCCAGAUCUACGGGUUGGUAUUCGGCCAUGGAAAGGCAGUUAUUGAGGCCAAGAACGAGGAUGAUAGUGGCUCUCUAAUGCCCCAGCUGGCAAAGUUCGAGAACCACUCGCAAAGGUCGUCUCAGCUGCUGAGAGCCAACAAGACGAUUUUGCUGGAAGCCCGGCCUGUCCUCUACUCCAACACAGUAUUCCAUGUCAUCAACCACGCUUUUGCAGGAAAACUGCCGACUCGCAUAACCGACGGUCACCCAUGUGCGCCGCAUAUCAAACACCUGGUCUGGCAGCUGGAUUGUGACAUGCUGAAGCAUUUCUACCCUGAAGAUCUUCGACUUGACCUUGGCGAGGUGGCCCGAUGGAGCAGUCUUGAAAUCCGAUGCCGAGCCGAGACGUGGCGGAACUCGUUUCUGGGCGAAUGGUGUGAUCGUGAGGCUUUUGUGAGAGGCAGAGCUCAGAUCCUGGAGUAUGCCCAAGUAUUUCACCAUGCCAUGAGCCGGCGCAAUGGAGGGAGAAUUACCUUUGCUGAGGACCGGAGUCAAUUGGGGAGGGGACGGAUCAUCCUGAGACUGAACAGCGGCUGGGUGACUUCAAAGCAGCAGCGGUCUUUGGAGGAGCUGUUGAUCAUCGGCGGCCCCCUAACAAUCGAAGGCAACAACGUCAAGACUGGUGUACAGUGA